ACAACGCCCCCCAGCGGUUUCAAGUUCAAAAAAAAAGCCCCUCCCCCAAAAGCUCCCGUUCACUAUUCGGUCUCCAACUCUGCAGUACACACUACCACUUGUGCAAAAUUCCGGCAGCCAGCACCGGCAAAAUUCCGGCAAUACACCAGGGGAUGAACACUGCACACUUACUCGCGUGACCUGUACGUUCGGUUGCUCGCAUUGGUCGCCCAAACACCUCAACUCUUCUUUUUUAGUGUUGGUUUCGGCAUUUCUCAGGUUGCAAGGCAGAAGGGAUUAUAUGACGGGGCUAAAGUUUGGGUCAACAUGUGGUUAGAUUUAAAAGGUUGUUAUUGAAUAUUCAGAAGAAUGGAAUUCACGGAUGCUUAUAAGCAGACUGGGCCCUGCUGUUUUUCUCCCAAUGCUCGCUACAUUGCUGCUGCAGUUGAUUAUCGUCUGGUGAUUCGAGACACUCGGUCAUUUAAGGUGGUGCAGUUAUUUUCAUGCUUAGAUAAGAUAAGCUACAUUCAGUGGGCCCUGGAUUCUGAAUACGUACUAUGUGGUCUAUAUAAAAAACCGACUAUACAAGUAUGGUCAAUAACUCAACCUGAAUGGACCUGUAAAAUAGAUGAAGGUCCAGCUGGUAUUGCUUAUGCUAGGUGGAGUCCUGAUAGUCGUCACAUACUCACUACGUCAGACUUCCAAUUAAGAUUGACAGUUUGGUCAUUACUGAACACUGCUUGUGUACACGUAAGAUGGCCAAAGCAUCCUGUCAAGGGGGUUUCAUUCACCCGAGAUGGCAAGUUUGCUGCAGUAUGCACAAGACGUGAUUGCAAGGACUACAUUAAUCUGUUGUCUUGCGAUUCUUGGGAGAUAAUGGGUGUUUUUGCUGUUGACACAUUGGAUUUGGCUGAUGUAGAGUGGUCACCUGAUGAUAGUUCUAUAGUUGUAUGGGAUUCACUUCUUGAAUACAAGGUCCUGAUUUACACCCCUGAUGGACGGUGUUUAUUGAAGUAUCAGGCAUAUGAAAGUGGUUUGGGUGUCAAGAGUGUUUCAUGGUCUCCGUGUGGUCAAUUUCUUGCCAUUGGAAGUUAUGAUCAGAUGUUGCGUGUUGUUAAUCGUCUAACAUGGAAAACUUUUGCUGAAUUCUUGCACUUACCUAAUGUUCGUGGUUCCUCUUGUGCAGUUGUCUUUAAGGAGGAAGAUGAGCAGCCCCAGCUUGAUAUCACGGGGUUGCGUUUGAGUGGUGAUCCUUAUGACAACAAUUUAGAUUUUUCAGAAAGACAAAUUGGAGUUAGGUAUGAAGUGGCAGAAUUACCAAUUACUUUGCCAUUCCAGAAGCCUGUCAUGGACAAACCAAACCCAAAACAAGGCAUUGGUCUUAUGGCUUGGAGCAGCGAUAGCCAGUAUAUUUGUACACGUGAUGAUACCAUGGCAGCUACCCUCUGGAUAUGGGAUAUGCAACACCUUCAAUUGGCUGCUAUAUUGCUGCAAAAGGAAUCUAUCAAAGCUGCAGUUUGGAAUCCAACAUCUUGUCGCCUAGCUUUUUGUACAGGAAGUUGUCAUUUUUACAUCUGGACCCCAUCUGGUGCAUAUUGUGCAAGCAUUCCUUUGCCACAUUUCACCAUAGUUGAUUUGAAGUGGAAUUCAGAUGGGACCUAUUUACUUCUCAAAGACAAGGAGUCUUUCUGCUGUGCUGCUGUUCCCAUUUUGGCAGAAUCUAGUGAUUAUAGUUCAGAUGACUGAUUCCCUUGUCUGUGAGCAAAGCUAGAUGGAUAACAUCAGUAAGACAAUAACAUGUGUAGGAAGCUUGUAUGGAUAGGAUAUAUUGGGAUUUCUUUGUUAGUGCUACCUUGCAAAGCUGUGACUGGAGAUGUAUAAAAGGUCUCAAGGUCAUCUCAAUUCUAUGUAUAACGUAAAGUUCACAAGAGAAGUUUAAUAUCUGAAGAAAUUAUAUUGUAUA